UGUACAAUUUCCACAUUGAGUUCACCACCUUAGUGUACUCACAGUUUCUUCUGCAUGUGUCAUCCUUUUCCUCUGUAUACACCGUUCUUUUCUUAAUUUAAUGCAACAUAUUCUAUUCUUAAGCUAAAGCCAAAGAUAGAAGAUCAUAUAGAUUCAUCUGUCAUUUCUUUCACCAUUUUUCAAAUAAUACCAAAACAAGACAUCAUGGGACAUCACUCUUGUUGCAACAAACAGAAGGUUAAAAGAGGAUUAUGGUCACCUGAAGAAGAUGAAAAACUCAUCAAAUAUAGUACAACAUAUGGACAUGGUUGUUGGAGUUCUGUUCCAAAACUUGCUGGUCUGCAGAGAUGUGGAAAGAGUUGUAGAUUAAGAUGGAUAAAUUAUCUAAGACCUGAUUUGAAACGUGGAAGUUUCUCUCAUCAAGAAGUAGCACUCAUUGUAGAACUACACAACAUUCUAGGCAAUAGAUGGGCUCAAAUUGCAAAGCACUUACCUGGAAGAACAGAUAAUGAGAUAAAAAACUUUUGGAAUUCAACCAUAAAGAAAAAAAUCCUUUCUCAUGGUAUUAUUCCAUCUUUCACCACAUUUUCUGAUGACCAUAAUAUUGGUUCAAUGGAAAACUCAUUCCCUUUAAAUGCAAACCCUAAUGUGAUCCUCAACUUCAAUCAUUAUAACCAUCAAGAUUACCUAUACCAUUCAACCUCAUCUCCAAAUCUACAAGGUAAUUUUCAUCAAAUUGAUACAAAGGUAGACAUCAAUGACCAUUAUAAUGCCAAUUUCCCUCUCAUUCAAAAUCCAAUACCACAAAAUAUAGUACAACCAAUAUCUGAUCCUUUUCCAUAUGAAGACGGUGUAGCCCUUCAUCUCAACCCAGUUAAUCAAGAAAAUCAAUUUUUAAAAAGUGAUACGACCCCACUUAACAAAUUAAUGAACCCAAUUGAAUUAAUUCAACAAUAUGAUCAAUAUCAUGAUUUGGUUGAACUUGAUGCUACUGUGCCUGAAUUAGCCAAUCAUCAAAGCCUUGAGGAUUACGCUUCUAGCAUCCUAGAUUCAUCUAAUUCCCAAGAACAUGAAACUCCUCAGGAAAUUCAGUGCUACUCGUCUGGUAUUAUUCAUUCACAAGAUCAAAAUGUGGAAGCUAAUCCAUUGGAUUACAAUAUUGAUGCUCUCAUGUGUAUGUCAUCAUCAUUGCCAUCCUCAAGCAGCCAAUUUGUCACAAAUCCUAUUAUUCCUUUAGGAUGGGAGUCUUAAUUAUUUCUAUGCAUUUGAUUAUAUAUGUAAUGUAUUUUUGUUGUUGUCAAGAGUGUGUAGAGCUUUUAUUUAUUUGCUAACCUGAACAUUGCUAGUUCAGGCACUUACAUGAAGUGAUGCUUGUUUUUAUUUGAAUGGAUGAAGUGAUGCUUGUUGAAGUUCAAUAAAUAUGUAAUGUAC